AUGGAGCUGAACGAGAUCGAGGAGCUGCCGAAGAAGCUCCUUCGAGAGGAGGCGGGUCGCGCCUUCCGUCUUCAGGCAUCGGCUUCGAUGGAUAUGUGGCUUUGCAUGAAGCGGGCCAUCAACGCGGCUGAGAAGGCGAAGAAGGCCUAUGACGACGGCAGGGCCAGGGUUGCCGAGGCUGGCAAGGCUAUCCAGGACCAUGCGAACCUGGCGAAGGAUUUGCAAGCUGCCGAACGGCAGGUCAGGGUAUAUGAGUCCAAGUUCGCAGAUCUGUCGUCUGCCCUGGAGUCGGCACAGCUGUCGGCCAAAAGAGGCUCUGGAGGCAAAGGAGGCCGUCGAGGUGGCUCUGGAGGAGUCGGAGCGGGCCAAAGCGUCGGGAAAUUGAGGCUGCCGUCCAGGAGGCCAUUCGGAAGAGGUGGGCUCGGAGAUGGUGGAUCUCAUCUACCGAUUCAAGCCGUACAAUCCUGGGACGAAGCUCAACUUGAACUUCAUUGCCGAUCCUCCUCCCCUUCCCGAAGGCGUCACAGAAGAAUGAUCGAAGAGUACGAGGGAGAGACGCUCCGGAGGAACCCGAAGCUGCUGGUGCCGAAGGGGCGGAUGCCGAGGGCCCUUCAUCCUGAUCCAUCUUUACUCAAUGCAAUUUGA